AUGCGCCUGGGCCUGAAGGUGGACCAGUUCGGGAAAGCAGCCAUCCGCGCGGAUUUGCAUCCCGCACAUCGCGCCCGCCACUUUCUUCACGAUCGGCAGCAGCGAAGCCGUCAGCGCCCGAUGGCAUUCCUGCAAAAGCAUCGCGUACAGCUCCACGAGGGAUCGCCGCGGGGGGCAUUCAACGGCCAACGCCAACGGCGCUUUUAUAUUCCCGCGAAUCGUCCGCCGCCCUCCUUGGGCGUUCGGCGUGGGGUUGGCAUACGCGAUGGAAGGCGUGGGCACGUUCGAAAUGCUCCCGGCCUUGAGUGA